AUGAACUCAGUCGAAGAAAGACUCACAAUCUCCACCCAAGACACACUUCUUCCCCACCACCCAAAAGCCAUUAAUAACCACCGAAAAGCCUCCCUCUUGGCCUUGCUCGUUUUAGCCCUUCUCCUAUCAAGCUCCACGCUUUUCUUCUUCAUAUCCAACCACAAACUAGUCAACCGGCCCAAAUCCAAUUCCUACGAAAUGGGCUCGGCCCAAUACUACUGCCAUCUCACUCCCUACACCUCGUUGUGCUACGACACAAUUCCCGCCGUCCUCAACGCAACGGCCCUCAAAUCGGGCCCGGGCCCAAUCUUCUCGGCCUCCCUUCAAGUCGCGGUUGAUCUCCUCCACAAAAUCGACUUCACCAUGUCCGAUAUUGGGCCUUCCUUAUCCGGGCCCAGGAUGUCGGCCUGCCGGAGUUGGGUGAACGGCUCGUUGAGUCUACUCGGCGAGUCGCUGGCCGUGUCGGGUGUUGGGUCGGACUACGAGUCGUUGACCUGUGAGGAGAUGGACAGGAUUAAGACAUUGAACCUCCAAGCCGUGGCCGGUGGCGGAAAGUGUUUGUCGGUGUUGGAGGAGAUUGAUGAUGACGUGGAGGAGACGGGAGUGGAGGUAGUGAAAAUGGGAGUGGAGAGAGCAAGGAGGUCCAUUGUCAAUAGCCUUGGGUUGUUUGAUUCUAGGGAUUACAUACUGAACGAUUUCUACACUCCUUAUUAUGUGUAUGAUUAUUAUGAUGGGUUUUACGAUUUUGGUUAUGGGUUCGUGGGUUGGUUUUACUUUGGUAUGUAUGUUUUCUUGGCUUUGCUCUAUUUCUUGUUUUGGGGAGAUGUAUGA